UGCCUGCGGCCAGUCCUCCUAAUCUCUGCUGGAGCCCUACUCGGAGCACGACCGUCUUUGCUGCCAACCGGCCUGCCUGUAAACCAUGAUUCUCCUCGAGCCACAGAACUACAUCAUCCAGAACACCCUCGCGGAGAAAGUCGUCAAGCCGGGCUAUGUCGAUGUCCAAUUCGUAGACUUUGACGGCGUCCGCUUCAAGCUCUCUACCCCGGACAAGAAGUCCGUCACCACGCUCCUCUUGUCUAUGAACAUUCGCUGCUGGGACGAGCUCGUCAAGUACGGUGUCAAGGAUGUGCUCCGACAAGCGUACGGUGGGCUGGUCGCUGCGCAGCCGGAGCCCGACUAUAACGUGAGCCUCGAGAUCAACACCGAACAGCUGCCUCCGGCAGGUGAGCAGCGCGACGAAGCCAUCAAGUCCAUCGCGCUGCUGAAGCGCAAUGCCCUCGCCGCGCCAUUCGAGCUGGGCUUCAAGGCGCAGAAGCAGCUGGAGGCGUCAGGAAGCGGCCAGGGAGAGCUCAUGGCGCUGCACUACCGAGAUGAAGAGGUCAUCUAUGUACAGGCCUCGCCCGACCGUGUCACUGUCAUCUUCUCCACCACCUUCCGGGAGGAGACUGAUCGCAUCUUUGGCAAGGUGUUUCUGCAGGAAUUCGUCGAUGCGCGACGGCUGCCGACAAUACAGAGCGCGCCCCAGGUGUUGUAUACCACGCGUGAUCCGCCCCUGGAGAUCCGUCAUGUCCCGGGCCUCGUCGACUCCGAGGACGUGGGCUACGUCACAUUCGUUCUCUUCCCCCGCCACUUCGCCAACGCAGACGUCGCCUCUGCGACGAUCAGCCACAUCCAGCUCUUCCGUGAUUAUCUGCACUACCACAUCAAGUGCUCGAAAGCGUACAUGCACUCGCGCAUGCGGCACCGUGUGAGCGAGUUCCAGAAAGUGCUCAAUCGCGCAAAGACAGAGGUCGCGGUCGUAGACCGAAAGACAGCCACCGGCAGGUCGAUGAUGCGGUGAAGGGGAUCCACGCCGGGGUGUGAUCAGAACCCAGGGUCGUAGCUGAUGAAUAGAACAAGGAGGGAUCUGUACGAGUAGAAUUUCGCGAAACGACUUAGCGUGCGUCGCGAACCCCACCCAGGCCUCAACCCUGGUGUUGUCCGAGGCUGUCCGUCUCUGUUGGGAACAGAUUGAUGACGUGCGAUAUGGAACAUUGAUUCGAUCUUCAUUCGUAAUCCAAGCUAGCCAGGAUACGCGGACGAUGGCUGCGAUGUAUUCAAAUUGGGUUCCUUAGGCUGACAUUA